AAACACACCGGAAAUCGAUAUGCAUUUCCGUUCCCUUCGUAAAACUAUUUACAGAUUAGUGAUAUUGUUGGAUAAUUUAUUAUGUUGUUGUGGCAGUCUUACGAUUAGCUAUUCGAAACUGCAGUAUGGUUAUAGACUUGACAGAAGGAUGAUAGACUCCUUCACAGAUUACAGUAUUUUGGAUUGUGUGGAAGAAUGUCUGAGGAGAAAGAGAUGCAAGUCUAUAAGUUAUUAUCAAGGAGCACAUUAUUGUGAAAUUAACUAUGAGAGCAGGAACACAUCAUCGUUAAUGUAUGUACAAGAUGCUGGUUGGAUCUACAGCGACAUAGAGGAUUGGGACAAUGAACUUAUUGGUCCGUGUUCAAAUGCAAACUGCACUGAAAACGAGAAAUGCGAUCAGCUUUCAUUUCAGGAAUUUAAAUGCAUUUUGACAGACUGUGGAGUACCCACAGAUAAGAAUGUGAGUUUCAGUAUGGUAGACAGGUGGGAUGGAAUUGGAAUUUAUAGAGGGAUACAUCUUAAAUGUGCAGAAAAUUAUAACCAAACUGGAUCACAGCUGUUUGUUUGCCAGUCAAACGGAAAAUGGAAGAGUGAUUUAAUCUGUGAAAAGGUCUGUCCUCAAGAUUGGAUUGAAUUUGAAGGUCAUUGUUAUUUCAAGGGCGAAGAUGUUUCAUGGCAUUAUGCCAAGGAAGUGUGUGAGAGCGAAGACGCUUAUUUGGUAGAGGUAAAUGAAGAAAAAGAAAAUGACUUUCUAAAAGAGACUUUCCUACAAAUUAUUAAUAGUAGUCCCUGUAUUGAUGAUUUCUCCUGCCCUGCUUGGAUUGGGGCUAAUGACCUUGAAACAGACCGUUUAAUCCUCUGGAGCCGAGAUAAAAACAGCCUGCUUUAUACAAACUGGUACCCUUAUGAACCAAACGGCUAUUUAGGAAAAGAACAUUGUGUACAACUCUUAAGAUCUGGGUUCUGGAACGAUGCGAAUUGUGAUGCAAAAAUACCAUAUAUUUGUGAAAAACUGUUGUAG